CUAACUAUAUAUAAAAGUUAUAUACAAAAAAGUAUAGAUUAAAAAUUUUAUAUUAAAUUAAAUUAUACAUAAAAUAAUUAACACAGUUUCUAAUCAACUAUUUAAAUAUAAUUAUUGAGACUACUAAGCCGGCCACACAUGUUUAAGUAAAUUUAUUAAGUAUAUUUAUGCAAGUCAACCAUAUUUACGAUAACUAUACAGUUUUAUCCUCUAUAUGUUCUAAUUUUGGAUUUGCACAAUUUGCUUAUGUAAACAUAUAUGUGUAGCUUAAAAGCAAUUACGUAAAACACGUUAAAGAAUUGUUCCUUAACUGAAAUUAAAAAUCCAAUAAUAGUAAAAAAAAAGAUUGACAAGCAAUUAUCUCGUAAGAACAGAUUUUAAAGAAAAUAAGUGUAAACAGAGUUAUUGCUAAGUAAAAAUUUGCAACUGUUUUUAUAUUAUCAAUAAUAACUGUAAUAAUAUUAUCAAUAUUAAUUGAGUAAUUAUAAAAGAAAUAUAAUAAAAGGAGCAAGGAUGUAUCUAUCAUAUUUCAAAGUAUUAUUAAAAAUUUAAUAUUUUUACAGAUUGUUCUAUUAUUUUGAAUAUGUAAAAUUUGAGCAUAAUUCUCUUAUUAGUUUAAAAGUUCUUUCAUUUUUUACUUACUCUUGAUUCUUAUGUAAAAUAGAUCCUUUUUUUCGUAGUAGAGUGCAAUCACGUAUGUAUACACGUAAUGUAUAAUAUUUACAUUUUACGUGUAUCACAAUAGCAAUCCCAGUGACGUCUAAAAACAAAUAUAAAUUCAAUAAAAUUAAUAGCAAAAUCCCACUAAGAGAAUUUUCGAUAAAAUAGAAUUGCAGUUUUAAAAGAUAUUAUUAGCCUGUUCUUUUUCGCUGCAUUGCUGCACUGAUGGUGCAGUAAGUUAGAAUGAAAAAAAAAAAAAAAAAAAAAAAAAAAAAUUUAUCUUACUUUAACUUGUUGCACCAAUGCAGCAGUGCAGCUAAAAAGAACAAGCCUUAUGCUAAACCGAUGUUCAAUUAAUCUAUUUUAAGUGACGCAAGUCUUUAAUAUUGAAAUAUUUCUUGCUGCAAUAUUGUUUUAUGUAACGUUACAUUGCACAAGUUCCUCGAAACGUUCUCGGAAUUCAAAACAAAAUUCCUCGGAAGUUACAAAUUGCUUCCCAUUUAUUUUUAAAUAUUACACAAUUGUUAUGCUAAUAAGUAUAGUAAACUGAAAGUAAUCCGCAAAAAGGUUCAUUUACGUUCUUUUUAAAUCAACUUUAGACUGCGCGAAGAAAGCGAAAACUGACGGGGUUAUAUAAUACAUCGUUUGCAGGGGAAAAAAAGGAUCAGCACGAUUGAUCGGUCGUGCGGUUUAUACUUAUGCACGCAAGAUCGAACUACGGUAAAAAAAGUACAUCCGGUCCGAAGCUCAGCUUCGUAGCGCGAGGAUCUCGCGAUGAUAAACGAUGAAUCAUAGCAAUACGCACGCGAGUUACGUUAUUCGUACGUGCAAAAAUACCCCUGAGUCAUUACGUGGCUUUGAGUGCGUUUCAAUCAGAGUGCAACGGCCGCUCGACUGGAAAUCGCGGAACUGUCAGCGCCGUAAUAGAAUGAUUGCCAAUCAAAUCGAUGAAACGGUUGAGAUUAAUAGAAACGGCAACACCUUCUCUCCAGAUGACACGUUAACUCGCUGGCGCAUUUCGCAAUUGAAACAAUAAUUGCAGCAAUAUACAUAUAAUUUAUAAAAAAGCGCAGCAAAAGAUAUAUUUAAAAUAUAUUUAAAAUGUGUCGUUAUUGUUAUGACAAUAUAUUAUUAUAUAACAGAUUUAAAUACACACAUUUGAUAAGAGAAACAAGAAAAACAUUCCAUUUCUUUUUAAUUUUUGUGUAAAUUUUAAGUGAAAUAUUUUUUAUAUAUAGCAAAACUUCGAUAAAAUUUAACGUUCAAAAAAACGUUCAAAAAUUUUUCAAUCUAAAAAAAUGUGAGAGCCGUGAGUUAUACGUUUAAUGCGUCAAUCAAUCAAAUCGAUAAAGUUAAUAAAAAGAGAUAAAGCAUUACGUAAAAAUCGAUAAUAAUAAUUGAUUAUUUUUAUGAUCUAUGACGAAAUGAGGCAGUGUUAGGGUUAACGUAUUUCUUCCACCCUGCAGCAGUUUCUCUGUGUUACACUUGACUGAUUAAAUCAUAAAUAGCAGCGAUCUGCGAAAAUUUUCAAUAGUAUAUACAAUGGAUUCGUGGAGUGCAAAGGCUUUCGUGUUUUUCCUGAUUGUUUCGGCGUCGCGUAAAAAUGUUCAAACGCAGUCUCAGAACUUCAAUAACGAAAGGAUUACUAUUGAUUUUAAUAAUGGUGUCAUUACGAUUAAUAAUCAACUGUCCGUGUCUAACAGUGAGUACAAUCGCAUUCUCGACAAUUAAAGAACUUUGUAGUAAAAAAUAAUAUGUGCGUACUGUUUUGUUAGAUUUAUAAUAAUAUAGUAAUAGAAUAAGUAAAAUUUAGGGAACAAAUUUGAUAAGGUCGAUUAAAACGAGUAGAUCACGUAAAAAUGGAGUAUUAAUUUACAAUUUCUUUAUUCUUAUUUGCGAGACGUUACGAUUUAAUUUAGUCUUUUUCAGUCAUUAAACGUUCAUUAUGUAAUUAAUAGCAUAAAAAAUUACGCAAAAUUGGUCGAUUUUGAUGUUACCUCGACCUUAUCAAAUUUGUUUAAUUGCUUAGUAAAACGAGGGAAAGAAACUAUAAAAUUUAUAGAACUUGUAAUUUUAGUAAUACACCAUUUAUAUACGAUCUGUUUAAUAAUACGUUUAUUAAUGAAUAACGCCUAUCAUGUAAUUCGUUUUUAUCAAUGCUAUUAUAUCUGUGAUUUUAGAGGCUAAAUUUAUUAUAUUAUGCAUUUUUAUAUUUAUAUCCGUAUAUAUUCUUAUUACCAUUUACAUCUUUUUCUCGAGAAAGAGUCCACUGUUUUCUGUGAAUAUCUUUUUAUCGUCGAAAAGCCAAACAAAUGGAGAGGAUAGCCGGCGGAAGUUACGCGAAUGAAGGUCAAUUUCCGUUCAUGGCCGUGGUGCAUCGAUUGAUCGAUGGUAGGAGAGUUGCUCAGUGCGGCGGUACUAUAAUUUCGGAAAGAUGGGUGCUGACCGCGGGGCACUGCAUCGCGAAGUUCCCGCGAAGGUUCUUCGUGAUAUUUGGAAUCGUUGACAAGACCGGAAUCGGUUACGACGUGAACCGGGGACCCGGAGUCUCGAUGAUGACUUCACGGGCUCAUGUACAUCCCAACUAUUUCUUCAGCAAGAACGAUAUCGGACUAUUGCACAUGCCGAAAGAUAUUCCCUUUUCAGAAAAAAUUCAACCGAUACAUCUGGCUGGACCGAAGGAGGGUAAAGUUAUGGCCGACACGAUGGCCUAUGUGGUUGGAUGGGGUCGCGAUGGCUUCGGUCGCACAGGUAUCAAGAAACUCAAGUACGCCCUAAUGCCGUUAAUUUCAAAACGCGAGUGCGUCUCGUACUGGAGAGUGGACUACAGAAAUAUAUGCACGGAACCGGGACUUGGGAAGAACGCGUGCCAGGGUGACAGCGGGGGUCCUCUUUUCGUAAUGAAGGAUGAUCGACCACUACAAAUUGGUAUUGUUAGCUACGGAGACGCAAACUGUCCGAGCAGUAGACCCGGAGUAUAUACUAGAGUGGCGGCAUUUGCGGAAUGGAUCCGACGUGUCACUGGAGUAGAAUUCGAAUAAAUAAACCAAAUAAAUUAACGCUAUGAAAAGAUCGUCUCUUUUUAAAUUAUGCAACCUCUCGAUAAUCACGUAUCAUAUCCUGUAGAUAUAUUGAGCGAUAACUUCCUUCUAAUUUGCAUUACUGUAAAAAUGUAUGUUUUAUUUAGCUUGGAAUUGAGAUAAGAAAUUUCCAAGAUCCUGCUGUGUUCACAUCAAGAUUACAUCUACAUCAAGUAUUUACAUAUUGUUUACGUUACGCUUAGAUGAAUAUUGUAUACGAUUCAUGCUAUAUAAGUUAUUAUAAUUGGGAUUACAUAAUUAAAAUUGUUAACAUCCGUUUAAAUUAAAUGAAAAGGUAA